AUGUUGUCAAAUAGAACAUCAAAAUUGAUGGUGAGAAUUUGAAUUUUUAUAGGAAAAAAAAAAGAAAAUUGAAUUUUUCAGAAAAGAUUCGCGUCGGCGGCCGCUUCGUCUGCUCGCGGAGCCCGUGAAACAACUUCAGUUUUGGGCAAUGGAUUGUCGGUAUCCAGCAUUGAGCUUAAUGGUGAGUGUUUUUUUUUUCGAAAAAUGGUGGUGUUAUGUGAAAAAGCAGAAAAUCUGUUGGGAAAUCAAGAAAUUUCAAAUAUACUGAAAAUUUUGGAAAUUCUGAUCUAUUUUUAGCAUUAUUUUGAUAAAUAAAUCUUGAACCUAAAAUGAACAAUUUUCUAAAUUUUUCAAAUUAAAUUGUAUCUUGUAAUGUUAGAAUACCAUUUAAAAUGGAAAAACAUCAAUCAAAAUUCUAUUUAAAAAAAACGUUUUGAAACUCCAGAUCAAGAACUUCAUGAAAUUAUUAUUGAAGCCAAAAUUAGUGUAUUCAUAUUUAUUGCAAAAGCCUUCCCAACAAUUUUCAAAACCAAAUUCACCUCAAAAAAAUAAUCUAGGAGCCACUUCUUCGCUCGUCCUCGCCUUCCGCGCCGGAUCCCGUUAUCAACCAGCCGCUCAACAAGGACUCGUCCAAAUUGUCCGCAACAGCAUUGGUCGUGACUCUCAAGAAUUCCCAGGUCUUCAACUCGUCUGGAACACAGCUCAAAAUGGUGGAAAGAUUGUUAGUUUUAUUAGUUGAAAAAUGAAAAUUUUUUCAAUUUAUUGUAGGCCGCUGUAUCCAAUCGCGAUAUUCUCGCCAUUCAACUUGAUGUUGUCAGAGACAAUGCUGGAGUUGGACUCUCGCUUCUUGGACAACUUGGAACCAACGCCUUCAAGCCAUGGGAUACUGAAGAUGUGAGUUAUUUUUGAGAGAAAAAAAAUUCAAUUGAGUUCCAGGUCAAACACGACGUGAUUCCAACCGAAAACACCUAUCUCACCGGCCAAUCAAUUGUCUUUGAACAAAUCCAUGAAGCCGCCUUCAGAAACGGACCACUUGCAUUCUCGAACUACGGAGUCAACUCGGUCUCAUCAAAAUCCAUCUCAGAAUUCGCUGCUCAACGUUUGACAGCCGGUGAAGCUGUUUUGGUUGGAGUCAACAUUGAUCACGAGCUUUUGGUCAACGCUGCUAGCCAACAAUUCCCAUUGGCUGAAAAUGCUGCAACUCCAGUUGCUGCUAGCAAAUAUUACGGAGGAGAUGUUAGAAAGUAAGUGUUUUUACUGGUGAAUAGUUUUUUCUCCCGAAGCUUUCUGAAGCUUCCUAGUGCCCUCUAAAGCCUUCAUGAAGCUGAAUUCAGAUAGUUGCUAAAAAAAGACCCUUAAAUUUUUCAGGUUCGGCUCAGGAAACCGCACAUUCGUCGCCAUUGCCGGACAAGGUGCCGCUCUCAAAUCCACCAAAGAAGUCGCCACUCAAGCCGUCGUCGCUCAAAUUUUGAUCAACGCCGCCGCUAAAACGUCAAACGCUUCAUCAAUCAAUGUUUCAUAUGCUGAAAGUGGAUUGGUCGGAGUUCAAUUUGAUGCACCAAAUGGCCAGAUCAACUCAACAACAACAUCAACACUUGCUGCUCUCAAAUCAGCCAAUACUUCGGAUAUUGAAAAUGUCAAACAAUUUGUUGCAAAUAAUGUGAGUUUUUGAGAAAAUUUGGAGAAAAAAAUAAAAGGGAACGUCCCGUAAAUCGACACUAAACUCUCAUAGCGAAGAGCUUUGGUGUCGAUUUACGAAGCAGAGUAAUCAAUAAGAAAACAGUUUUUUUUUCGAAAUUCUUUUGUUAAUGAAUUAAAAAGAAUGAAUUUGAGAAUGUUCAAGAUGAAGAUUGUUGAUAUUAUAAUUAAAAUUUCAAAAGCGCUUUUUGAAUGUCCGGAAUUAAAAAUAUGUAAUUCUAUGUCAGUUCCAAAUCAAGAAAUUUGAAAAUUAAAACAAAAAAGGAACGCCUCGUAAAUCGACACUAAACGCUCAUAGCGAAGAGCCGUUUUGUGUCGAUUUACGAAAGGUAAUCAAUGAUAAAAUUUUUUUUUGAAGUUUUUUUGUUUUGUUAAUAAGAUAGAACAAGUGGAUUUGAGAAUUCCAAGAUGAAAAUGGAUGAAAUUAUUUGAAUAAUAUUGAAAUCGCUUUUCGAAUUUUCAAAAUGAAAGAUAAAUAAACCUCAGUUCCGAAUCAAGAAGUUUGAAAUUUAAAACAAAAAGGAAACAACCCGUAAAUCGACAUCAAACUAUUAUAGCGAAGAGCCGUUUUGUGUCGAUUUACGAAGCCUAGCAAUCAAUAAAAAUAUGUUUUUUUUUCAAAGAUUUUGUGAAUGAGAUAAAAGGAAUAAAAAAUAUUAAAGAUGAAAAUGGAUGAAAUUAUUUAAAAAUUUAGGAAUUGCCUUUCCUAUUUCUGGAAUGAAAAACUAAAAUUCUGAUUGUCACUUUCAGAUAAGAAAUUAAUAAAUUAGAAAAUGAGUGUACAAUUAUAUACUAUCCCUAUGGUUUUGAGAAGAAAAAACAGUUUUUCAAAUCUCUUCCCUGAAAAAAAACGUAGUAGAAAAUUUGCAAACCCUUCGGAAAAAUAUAUCUGUGAACAUUAAACACUCUCUCUUUGUAAAAAGUGUUAGCUAAACCCCCCCCCCCUUCCCUCAUGAACUAUGAUUCUGGGGUUCUUCCUAAAUUUCGCUUUCUUCAUAGAUCAAGUAUACUAUUGAACAUUCAACAGCAUUAGAACAAGUUCCAACUUUGAAAAAUCAAUAAAUUCUUUCUCACAUUUCAGAUCUUGAUUACAUCCCAAGACGCCCGAAACGUUGCUCUCGACAGAGCAUCCCAAAUUUUGGCCGGAGCUGAAGCCAGCUCACCAGCUGAAAUUGCCGCCGCUGUCCGAAAUGUCAAUGCCAACGAUGCUACACAAGUACGUUGUUUUUCUCUUCUAUAGUUCUAGAAAGUUCCAAUUGAUUUUUUUUGCAGCUCUUGAAACAAGUCACCUCAAAAUUGUCAUUGGCCGCAUAUGGAAACCCAGCUUUGGUCCCAUAUCUAGAUUAA